AUGUUCAAAAAAAUAUUAAUUUUCUUUUUAGUAUUUAAAGUAGUGACAGCACAAAUAAAUGGUGAAUUCUGGUGGUUAAAUGACAAAUUGGCUAAGUUGAAGAAUGUGGAACCACCGCGGCCCAAAUUCGAUGCAGUUGGUGAAUUUGAUACCGACGAGAGCGCCAAAGUUGUGUUUCGAGAUAGCUUAUACAAUACAGAAGAAGAAGACAAGCAUUCUGACAUCACAACAGUUAGAACAGAAGUCAGUGAAGCCAUCGUGUAUUUCAGGGAUGAUAUAAAUGCAGCUGAAAAUAAUGAAAUCAACUAUAUAAAUAAACGUAAAAACAAAAAUUACAAGAAAGAUAUUCUUAACUUUAUAUUUCCCAGUGAUAAUGAAAUUCUAAAAAAUGUGGCUAUAAGUAACAGAACAUCAGCAAUACUUACAUCAGAAAAUUAUACUCAAUCAAAUGUUAACAAAAAUGAGACCUUUAAUGAUAAAAUAUUAUUUGAUACAAUCAAAGAAGUAUCGUUAAGAGAAAAUAUUUGCACGUAUAUGAAGAAAAUCGAAUGCAAUCGCCGUAAUGGACUCCCUUACGCACCUGGAAACAUUCUAAACUCAAAAAAACGUUCCAAAAAUUCGGAGGAAAUUUGUUGCAUUAUUUCAUUGACGAAACAUAAGUCUUCAAAAAUAAGUUUCCCUGAUUCGGGCACUUAUAAUGAUAACCGUUUAAAACGAUCAACAAAUGAAACAGAUAAAAUUAGUCCAGCGCUUAAGCAGAGAAACGCUUUGUUACGAAGAAAAUAUGGAUCUCAAAUGCGGGAUACACAACGAACUAUAUCAACAACACCAAAAAUUUUACAGAAAAUUGUUACACCUAGUGAUGAUUACAUCGAUCCAUAUUUGAAUAUCAAAAAUUCACAUUUGAGGCCUCCCGAUAAACAACAAGAUUACGAAACGGGAAGUUCCCAGCAGGAAUAUUAUAACGAUUAUGUUGAGGAUUAUUACGCACCCGAACUUCCGAAACCAGGUCUAGUAGGUCUUCAUUCCGAUCAUAGUCGGCCACAUUGGACUUUUGUAAAUGCAAACAAAUGGGUACCCUACGAUAACGUUGAGAGCAGUGAAUCCAUUGCCUAUUCAACAAUUGAUCCUCGAGAUGGAUCUUCGACGACCGCUUCCAACCUUAAACGCAGACUUUUAAAAUUAAAUACAAAUUCAAAGAACAUGCACAAUGCAAAAGAAAGUCAAGUCAGUUAUCGCUCAAAUCCCAACUUCCAAGUUUUACAAGGAUUUAAACUUCUAAAUUUAAUGACUAGAAAUAAACACCGUCCUAUACGUAUUUCAAGUAGAAUCUCAACGACAGGAAGUUCCGCAGAGAAUAGUGAAGAGGAACCUAAUUUCGAGACGAACAUAGAUAACGAUUAUGAUGAUUAUAUUGACAACACGCAGCAAGUGUACGGGGAAUGUGGGAGAACAAGAGCAAAAAAUGUUGAAAAUAUCAAUUGUGGCAGCUUGUUAGGCGAUGCUGCACGAGGGUCACACCCAUGGCUUCUUCUAGUAGUGCUGACUGAAAGGCAGCAAAGCAUACUUUGUUAUGCGACUCUAAUACAUCCACGUGCCGCCGUGACUGCUGCUGACUGCACUUAUGGACUCUCCCCUGGUGAAAUCACUAUUAUCUCCGGAGUAUGGGACCUUAAAGAAGAUGAUGAAGCCCAAUCACAGCAUCGCUUGGCCUCUGUAUACGUACAUCAACAGUAUUUACCUGGAAAACUGGCUUAUAAUCUAGCUCUCUUGUACUGGGAACAUCCGCUGAGACUAGAUUCGAAUGUACUACCCGCAUGCGUUUCGGAUGUGAAUGUUAAUGAUAACUGCAUGUUCGUCGGAUGGGGUGGAUACGAUCAAGCCAUAUGUCCACGUCUACGUUGGCAACGUGCCUUCAUUUUGUCUCCUCGAAGUUGCGUUGAUCGAAUUUCUAUAGACCAUGGAUAUAAUCUUCCAAUCGACGCGUUCUGUGCUUCUGUUGAAUACAACACCACUGUUACUGGUGUAGGUGGACCCCUAAUGUGUACAGCUGGUGACGUAUUCUCAGUGGUAGGUGUUGCUGUUUGGCGCGAUGAUGUAGUCGUACUGAUGCAAGUACGGGAAUGGGUGACAAAGGCCUUAUUAUCUUUUAGGGUUGAUUGA